AUGGUGUCCAACUCUGAAAUCCCUUUGAACCAAAAGGCCAUCAUUCAACAUGAGAACGGCAUUCUCCGGGUUACUUCUGGUCUUCCCAUCCAGCAGCCUGGUCCAAGCCAAAUCCUCGUGAGAACAAAGUCUGUAGCCUUGAAUCCAUGUGACUUCAAAAUGCCUCUUCGAUUUCCAAAGCCUGGCCUUUGGGAUGGCUGUGAUUAUGCAGGAAUUAUUGUGGCGGUAGGCAGUGAGGUUGCCAAGCGAGGAAAAUUCUGUCUUGGAGAUGCGGUAUUUGGGGCCGUGCAAGGCUCGAAUCCGGCGGAUCCCACUUCUGGUGCUUAUUGUGAAUAUUUAAGUAUCGAGCAGGAUUUUACAUUCCAUAUACCAAGCGGUUUGUCAUUCUCUACUGCGCCGGCAAUCUCUGGCACGGCAAUAGCAACAUUGGGAAUUGCGUUAUUUUGGUCACUCAAAAUCUCAGGAACUCUGGAAGCACCAUCAGUCACACAAGAGGACGUACUUAUUUACGGCGGCAGUAGCACCCUUGGCAUUCUCGCUAUUCAAAUGGUGAAGCUAUGUGGCCAUCGUGUGAUAACAACCUGCUCCCCUCGGAACUUUGAGCUCGUUCGCUCCUAUGGAGCCGAUCUUGUGUUCGAUUAUAAUUCCGUUACCUGUGCAAAAGACAUUCGUACUUCAACGAAAAAUGCCCUUCGCUACACGCUGGACCCAUUUUCGGAUGUGAGAUCCGUCAGUAUCUGCCAGGAGGCUCUUGGGAGAACUGGUGGGCGUUAUUGUGGUCUAGAGCAAUAUCAGGAGCAAUUGUUCUCGCGUAGAACAGUCAAGCACGAGCUAGUUAUGGGAGGAGCUAUAUCUGGAAAGGGGGUGCAGUUGCCCGAGCCGUAUGGGGUCGCGCCAAAUCCAGAAAUUGGGGACUGGGCUCGCACUUGGUAUCAAGUAGUUCAAGUCCUGAUGAAUGAGGGUAGAAUAAGACCAACCCCAGUGGAGAUUCUCCCAGGAGGCCUCGACGCAGUCAUGGAAGGGCUUGACAUACUCAAAAGCGGGCGGGUAUCCGGGAAGAAGUUAGUUGUCAUCUUAUAG